CUGCAACAACACGUAUGAUUAAACGUCACUGCCACGUAGAGGAUCGCACGCUGGUUCUCAAAAUUUGCUCAAACAUUUUAGUUAGCUGUUUGUCGUGCUGUUUCUUCGUUAAGGUUUAAACGUGGCAGCAUGCUGCUGACCGUGCUGAGCUGCCUGUGCUCCUGCCUGCUGCUGCUGCUGCUGUCUGUCAGCGGGGGGAAGCUGCCUGAAGCUGAGGUGAACAUAGAAGUUCUGCACAGACCUUUUCUCUGUCAUCGAAAAUCAAAGUACGGAGACAUACUGCUGGUACAUCAUCAGGGAUACUUUGAGAAUGGGACCAUGUUUCAUGACAGUCGGACUGAAGGUGACAAACAGGCAGUGUGGUUUACACUGGGCAUCAGAGAAGUGAUCAAAGGCUGGGAUAAAGGCCUGCAGGACAUGUGUUCUGGAGAGAAGAGGAAACUCACCAUACCUCCAGCUCUGGCCUAUGGGAAGGAAGGAAAAGGUAAGAUCCCACCUGAAAGCACACUGACCUUCGUCAUCGAGGUGCUUGAGAUCAGAAAUGGGCCGAGGUCACACGAGUCCUUCCAGGAGAUGGACCUCAACGACGACUGGAGGCUCUCCAAGCAUGAGGUGAAAGUGUAUCUGAGGAAAGAGUUUGAGCGUCACGGCUACGCUCCCAACGACACUCUACACGAGAACAUGGUGGAGGACAUCUUUGCCAAAGAGGAUGAGAACAAAGACGGCUUCAUAUCGUCCCGAGAGUUUACGUACAAACACGAUGAACUUUAAAUUCUCUCCCAGUCCCACGAACCACUCACUUGCCCAUAGUAUCUUCCAGUUGUCAUUGAUUUUUUGGUGGAAAUACUUUUAUUUUAUUUUUUUUUAUUUUUAUUGUCAGCAUGAAUUUUAAUAGAAGCAUUGUGUUUGUCUUGUGUGUGACAUGUAAACUCCUCCUGUGGUGAGCUCUGAGCCGACGGGUUUGUUUCACUGAUGUUUUACUUUUGUUUACAUUUUUGUGUUUACUUCUGCAAGAGCCCAUUCCACUCUCCACUCUGUCUUGCAUAUCCCUUUUUAAGGAUUAAGGAUUUAAAUGUUAUGCAGUUAUCAUUGUCACCAAAUAUCAGAGGUUACAGACACAGAGCAAAUGAUUGUAGUGGCAGUGCAUCCUGUGGGCAGGCAAUGUAAGUAGAUUACAGUUGCCAAGUUUGGCUGUGAAAUUCCCCUUAAUGGAAAUAGUGUUGAUUUCCUUUACAAAAUGUUACCAGAUCAAUGUAGUUUACCUUUUGUGGGUCCAUUAGGACAGAAAGUGCUUUUGUAUUUUUUCCCUGUAUGGUAAACGAAUCAGUCCAUUUCAAAUAACUAUCGUCAUUACAUUUCAUUAAAUCAGGCCAAGUGUUAUCAUAUUGAUUAGUUUGUGUGUGUAUUUGAGUUAAGUCAUGACAAUGCCAAUUUUGAAUUUCUAUUCAAAAUGUGUAUUUUUAAAGAACAUCAGUGAUCAUCAGUUUUCCAUGGCAGACAUGAUGACUUGACAUAGCAGGAAAAGCAGGUGUAACCAAGAACAUAAUUGCGCAGUUUCAUUUUCUGUAAGUGCUCCCAGUAAGCCAGCAUACACCGUACUCAGGCCCUGGCACUGGUAAACCUAAAUGGAAUGCAGCCAGCAUUGACAUUAUUAGAGACACCUGUUUGCACAUGCGUACGCUGCAAUGUCAGUGUUGAAAGGAUAUAUUGUUCAGCCCUGCUCUGCAACAUCCAUGGAAUCUCAUUCAGAUUUUUGAUUAAAUUAAAAUUGACCCUACUGUG